CAAAAACAAAAGGAAAAAAACGUAGCUUAAGCAUAUCAAUUCGAAUUAAAGAUUCAUGUUAGCCUUAUAAAAUAAGUGAAAAAUUCGAUUAAAUAAGAGAUGAGCUCACAGUCGUUGGACAACAUUUACACUUGUCCGAUUUGCUUCAAUUGGAUAAAGGAUGGCCACAUUACGAGUUGCGGACAUUCAUUUUGCUACAAUUGCAUCACCAAAACUUUCGAGCAAAAUAAGCGGUGUCCGAUUUGCAAUACGGUACUUAUCAAAGAACAAAUAAUUCCGAAUUUGAUGUUGAAUGAGAUUGUGCAAAAGUUCAAGUUGGAAAAAGAACUGGAAUCGAGAAUGCGAGAAGGAAGCCUACAUCAAGAUAGCUCAAUCAAAGAGGUUUUGAUGAAAUCUACAAAAAACAUGGCACUUGCAGACGUUGAGCAUUUACUAGAGUUGUUGAAGGAGAAACGACUGGAAAUGCAGUUUGAGUCCGAUGCAAUUCAAAACAAAUUGUUAUUGGCUUUCCUCAAUCAUCUGCUCAACAUGAAGGUGGAUAUGCACAAACAAAUACAGAAACAAAUUCUCCAGAUAGAGGAAGACAUCAGCUUGAUCAAGAAUUUUCUUGGUGUUUCCUUGGACGACGAGGUACUGCCAAAAAGUGCUACAAAUCCACAAAACUUACACGAUGAAGAGGAGAAAGAACAGCAGCUAGACAUGGGAGAAACCAGUCAGAAAACAACUGAGGAACAAUCUGUUGUGGGCUUUAAUAAACCUUUGCGAACCCAGGCAUAUGCCAGAUUCAAGAUACGAAAGAAACGUAUAUUUUCGCACUUUGACGAUGUAACCAAAAUAUAUUUAGAUUGUAGAGAACGAUGUGUUGAUCCAUUGUUUGGCAAUACAGAACUCAACAUAGACAAAAUGAAAGGAGCACAGAAGUUGUCUGAUAUCGAUCCUGGACUGGAUAAGUUUCGCGAGUCGUUAAUCAGUUUUUCAAAAUACACCGAUUUGAGAUGCCUGGCUACCUUAAGUUACGGCAAUGAUUUUAGUCAAACUUCAAACAUCGUGUCUUCUGUAGAAUUUGAUAAAGAUAAUGAAUACUUUGCCGUUGCUGGAGUCACAAAACGUAUCAAAAUUUUUGACUUUUAUUCAGCUGUGCGAGAUGCAAAUGUGGACAUAAAAUACCCAGUAUAUGAAAUGGCCUGCAAUAGCAAAAUUAGUAAUGUCUCGUGGAAUCCAUUUCUAAAGGAAGUCUUGGCAUCGAGUGAUUAUGAGGGAAUCGUUACAAUAUGGGAUGUUCAUUCUGGUACGCGUAAACAAACAUUUCAAGAGCACGACAAACGCUGUUGGAGUGUAGAUUUCAAUGAGGUCGACACGAAACUUUUGGUAUCAGGAUCGGACGAUGCACGUGCCAAAUUUUGGUCUUUGAAUUGCUCACAUUCAAUUUCCUCACUGGAAGCGAAGGCAAAUAUUUGUUCCGUUAAGUUCAAUAGGGCAUCAAGUACUCAUUUGGCCAUCGGAAGUGCGGACCACAACGUAUAUUACUACGAUUUGAGACAAAUGCGCGAGCCUCUGUGCAUCUUCAAGGGACAUCAAAAAGCUGUAUCAUAUGUCAAGUUCCUAAGUGCGACUGAAUUAGUUUCGGCUGGAACUGAUGGUCAGCUAAAAUUGUGGGACAUCAGCUCGAAUAGUUCGACCGUGUGUCGACGUUCAUACGUGGGACACAUAAAUGAUAAAAACUUUGUGGGUCUUUCAUGCGCUUCUAACGGCUACAUUGCUUGUGGCAGCGAAGACAACUCGUUGUGCGUUUAUUACAAAGAUUUAUCAACAAAACUCUUCAGCUACAAAUUUACUAAUUCGGAUGCAUCAAAUGUUUAUGAGACACCAUCGACCAACGAUAACGAAUUCGUAUCUACCGUAUGUUUCCGAAAAACGAAUGAUAUUUUGAUGGCAGGAAAUAGCAAAGGAAUUAUCAAAAUAUUAGAGUUGUACUGAAGUAAAUUAGAUUCAUUUUUAAAACAGUGUAAAUUCAAAUAUAAUAUUAGUAAAUAUUAAUUGACAA